UGUCGUGUUAGUCGAUUUCGACUUCCGUUGACCCUUGGAACCCUUGGAACAUGGCGGUGCUCAGCGGACAAUGGUAUGGAUAGAGCAGGAAGCUCGUCCGUCCUGCAUCAUUGGCUAAUCUAGAGACGCGAGUUCCAGGUGCGGACAGUAGACAGCAGCGGGCAAAGGAGGAGAACACAGUCGGAUGGACUAGAAUGAGAUUCGGCUUUGCGUAGACUAUAGCCAGCAUCACCGCCGGGAAGUAUCACCGCCGACGACACAAUAGAGAUAGCCACUCGCGGCCUCGUCUCGCCGCGCGCGAGGCAGCCGCAACACAGUGUAGUGGAUAGGACGGAGAGAGGAGAGCGCGAGAAGGAGCGGACGGGCGCGAGAGCGUUAAAGGAGAGGUGUACAGCUGGCCUGAGCCGCAGCGACGAAUCCGGGGUCAUUAGCAUGAAGCUCGUCGACACGGUGGUGCGGAGCUUCAAGGUGGCCAAGAUCUUCCGCGAGAACUCCGACCGGAUCAACAGCAUCGACUUCUCCACCACCGGCGACACCCUAAUCUCCUGCUCCGAGGAUGACCAGAUCGUCAUCUACGACUGCGAGAAGGGCACGCAGAUGCGCACCGUCAAUUCCAAGAAGUAUGGCGUCGACCUCAUACACUUCACCCACGCGAAGAACACCGCGAUACACAGCAGCACCAAGAUCGACGACACGAUCCGCUACCUCAGCCUCCACGACAACAAGUACAUACGCUACUUUCCCGGGCACACGAAGAAGGUCGUCUCGCUGUGCAUCAGCCCGGUCGAGGACACAUUCCUCUCGGGCUCGCUCGACAAGUCGCUCAGACUCUGGGAUCUCCGCUCGCCGAAUUGCCACGGGGUCAUGAACGUCUCGGGCCGACCGGUCGCCGCCUAUGACCCCGAGGGCCUCAUCUUCGCCGCCGGAGUCAACUCCGAGUCGAUCAAGCUCUACGAUCUGCGCAGCUUCGACAAGGGGCCGUUCACCAACUUCAAGCUCUCCCACGAGAAGGAGUGCGACUGGACAGGCCUGAAAUUCAGCAGGGACGGCAAGACGAUUCUCGUUUCGACCAACGGCAGCAUAAUCCGGCUUAUCGACGCCUUCCAUGGCACACCGCUCCAGACAUUCACGGGACACCUCAACAACAAGGGCAUACCCAUCGAGGCUAGCUUCAGUCCCGACUCGCAGUUUGUCUUCAGCGGUUCCACGGACGGCAGAGUGCACGUCUGGAAUGCCGACACGGGUUACAAAGUUUGCGUGCUCAAUGGGGACCAUCCUGCGCCCGUGCAGUGCGUUCAGUUUAAUCCCAAGUACAUGAUGCUAGCUUCGGCUUGCACCAACAUGGCAUUCUGGCUGCCCACCGUCGACGACGCGUCAUAAGUCGAUCCGGAAGAAUAGGUCUUUUACCACAAGACAAGAUAAUCCUGAGUUCAAGAAGAGACGCAAGACAAGUCAAGAUGCUGCACCAGCCAAGAGAAGCAGGCCUCCGACGAAUGCCUGCCUUUCGCACGAAUAAACAUCGAUGCUCAAUGUCCACACUGGUGCGUGGAGCAUCCCACUUCAAGUUCUUGUCGUCGUAAUCGUCGUAUAUUCCUAGUGACAGCAAGGACACUAACCAAAUUAAUAGCAUUGUUGUGCCACGAGAUUAUAAUUACAAGUGGCUAGAUUUUUUACAUUAGCCGACUCAAGAUGUUGACUAAAUACUAAAGUAUUUGAAUAUGUCGUCCACGUGAGGUUAUUCCCUACAAAACUAUGUUUGAUAAAUUUAACGAUAUCAUUUCGUAGUCAUUUUGUUAUAUGUACAAUGUACACAGGCUUAUUGACUCGUCAAUACUGCAUAGCUUACGAUACCAAGUUUUCAGCAUUUGAUAGGAUAGCUUUUCAUUCUUACGUUACUCAUAUUAUCAAACUAUUAUUUUCUAUUGUACACGCAUUAAGUUUUUAACUUAUUGUAAGUAGACAAAGAUGUAUUUUUUACUUUGAACAGCUAAUUUAAAAAGAUUGUUAUCAGAAUGCGAGAAAACUAAUAUAUUUUUUCAAAAUUAACUCGUUCCCUGUAUACUAAACUCAUUUACAUCUAUGCAAAAUCCUUUAAACUAAUAUAAAAUUGAUUAUAAGUCAAACUGGCAAACCUAUUUUAAUGAAAUUGAAAAUCCAUUUAGCUACUUAUUUGUACAAUACAUGUGAAAUUUUCUAUCAGUUUUUUUUUUUCAUUUUAAUACUGUAGACAAUGUAGCCUUGUGCGCCAGAUGUUUGAUAAAGUAAUGUUAUAACUGUCUGUUUUGCAUACUGAGCAGAAAGUAAGCUUCCUUAUCACAUGUGGUGUGAAAACUAUUUACUGCCGUAAUUUCAUCAAUUGAGCAAACUGCAUACACUUGUGUAUGAACUUAACAAAGCACCACGAUUUCCACAAGAUUCCAUAUUGAUUAUAUUGUAAACUAUGCGUAAGGUAGCACUAUGAUUUUCACCCUGAUGACAUGUGUGAUAGACGUAUUGCGUUUGUCAAGGUGUAACUUGUUUGUGAGUGAGCGAGCAUGUGUGAAUGUUUUCUGUAAAAUAGUAUUUUUAUAACAAAACAAAGACAAAUUGUGAAGUGUAGUUCUAAUUAUAAUUAUUAAUCGACAAACGAGUUCGUCGUCGCACAAGGCUCACUCACUGUCAUCAAGAGAGAACCGUGUAAAAAAAAAAAAUUUGUCAAAUUGAUGAUCCAAAAGCUUCUUUUCUUUUGAUAUAAUAUACAAAAAAAAAUGGUAUCAAUGAAGAUAUAUUAUAAGUUUCAUGAGACACGUGUAUAGAUUAUAUCUCUGGACUCAUACUGCCAGCAAAUCGAGUGAUAUAAUCUUUAAACAAUUUGUAUGCACUCAACAUUUCUUCUCUUAAAUAAAUUUGUAAUUAUUUUGCAUAUCAUUUGAUCUCAAAAUUUUUGCAUUAUUAAAAAGUAGUGAGCAAAAGUAAACUUGUAAACUUCCAAUAUGAUAAGCAGAAGAAACUAUUCUAUAACCAUGUUACUAUGAACUAAGCUAUUUACAUAUGUAAUUUUCAUAAAAGAAACCAGAAUAAGACCAAAAAAAAAUACAGAAUGUUUUGACAGCUUUUUAAAGUUUCCACUUAAGCGUAUAAAAUUAAUAGUGUCACUACUUCACUACUAUCUGAAGACACAAAAAUGUAUUCAUUCUUUUUGUGGAUCAGUUUCAUUAAUGCCUAACAAAUCUUAUUCGUAAUUCAAUUCAUAAUAAACACAUCUUUUUUGUACACCUUAAA